AUGGCCGAUUUCCGCCUGUCUCGAUUUUGUUUCAGUAAUAAUGAUGUAAAUCCUGAUGACAUUGAACCAAUUCUUGAGCAUAUGAAGAAGAAACUCCAAUCAAUCAGCGAUGAUCGAAACAAUUUAGCUCGCGCGCGUCAAAAAGCUCUUUCCAUUUACUCCUCUUUUGACAAGGCGAUCAAAAGGCCCGAGAUUCAGAAUGUGCUUCAAACAAUGAUAAAGAAGGUUGAGUCAAGAAAACGAUUAUAUAGAGAAACGAUGAAUAUAAGGGGAAAUAGUGGAUUCGCAAAUUAUUUAAGUGUUGACCAAUAUGCGGAACUCUUAUCAGUUAAGCCUAAGAGAGAUGCAAAUAUACCCAUAUCUUGGAGGAGAAUUAUAGAAGAUUAUUAUACGGACUCAAUAAAUGAUAAGGAAAAAUCAAUUGAUGAUUGGGUUAGUGUAACAAACGAUCUUAUUGUAAUAAGCGAGAAAGAUACUGAUAAGACGGCCCAAAUUAAAAAAUAUUUAUAUAAAGUGAUGUCACCUUUAGCAUUAGAUGAUUUUAUUGGACUUGGUUGGCGUGUUAUGGAGGCUCCUGUGCAUGCAUCAAAAUAUAGAAAAAAUCACGGUCUGGAUCAUAUAACUCAAAGUGUAGUUGACGGAAAGUUGGCCGAUAUAUUAGCAUGGACUGAAAGUGGAGAGGAGAUAUUCAGAGCUGAGAGACUGCUUAAACGUGCGGAUUUUACACGCAAUGGAGAUUGGUGA